AUGCGGCUUCUGAAAUUCGACGAUCAGGGCGAGCUCAGCCCGACCGGAGACCUUCAAGAUGACAUCCCUCCCUACGCUAUCCUCUCACAUACAUGGGGAGACGAUAAGGAUGAGGUCAAUUUCGACGAUCUGAAACAUCAAUCUUUCAAGAACAAGGCUGGCUACGCGAAGAUUCGGUUCUGCGGCAAGCAAGCGAAAAAGGAUAACCUUAAAUAUUCCUGGGUGGACACAUGCUGCAUCAACAAAGCGAAUAAUACAGAAUACUCUGAGGCCAUCAACUCAAUGUUUCGCUGGUACCGCGAUGCGGCCAAAUGCUAUGUUUACCUGGCCGACGUGUCAAUCCCUGACGGGGAAGACCAUGCAGAACGGACAUGGGAGCGGGCCUUCCGCAACAGCAGGUGGUUCACACGGGGUUGGACGCUUCAAGAACUACUGGCGCCGGCAUCUGUCGAGUUCUUUUCGCGAGAAGGGCAGCGGCUGGGCAACAUAAGUACCCUCGAACAGCAGAUCCACGAGAUCACGGGUAUUCCCAUUACGGCUUUCCGUGGCACUCCUUUAUCUCAAUUUAGUGUGGACGAACGCAUGCAGUGGGCAGCCAAACGGAACACGAAGAAGAAGGAGGACCAGGCAUACUGUUUGCUUGGGAUCUUUGAUAUCUUCAUGUCUCCUAUCUAUGGUGAAGGAGACCACGCUUUCAUCCGGCUUAACAAAGAGCUCGGUCGGUCCCCGCAGAGCAUAAACUGGGAGAGUGGCAACAUACAUCCGGGCAGAGGUUUGGUCAGUUUCCCGUUGCCGAGGAACAAAAACUUUGUCGGAAGGGAUCAGAGCCUUCAAGAAAUCCACAGGAUGGUCACUUCUCGCGGUUUUCCAAGAUCCGGCAGCGUUAAAUGUAUCGUCAAGGGAAUGGGAGGUAUCGGGAAAACCCAAGUGAUUCUCGAUUUUGAAUCUGCUGUGGAGAGCUAUUGUACCAUCGCACAGAAGAUUGGACUGAGUAACAGGCCUUCCCCCUGGAGCAUCGAAAAAGACCUCGGUAGAGAAGCAGUUUUCUCUGUCCAAGAGUGGCUCACUGCCUCUGAAAAUGGCAAUUGGCUACUGUUAUUGGACGGUUGGGAUAACUUAAAGGACGAGAGGAUGGGGUCUUUGAUCCCUCAUGGUGGUUCUGGUGUGAUCUUGAUUACAAGCCGAAGGGAAGACUGGGCUCGGUAUGGAGAUGGUCUCGAUCUCCCAUUUAUGAAGGAGGCAGCUUCGCUGUCACUACUUUCAAAAAGCUCUCUGGCGGAGUACGGACAGGGUAACCCGGAAGAGUUCGAUGCUGCGAAAGAGAUUGUGAGAGUACUGGGGAAUCUACCUUUGGCCGUUGAUCAAGCAGGAGCACAUAUCCAUAAUCUGAAGACGUCGGCCAGAAAAUACCUCUCACGCCUUAAGGAAAACGCAGAUACGCUGAGUUGGACACCGCCGAUUAACUUGUGGCCAUAUGGCAAGGGCGUACUAAGUGCUUGGGACUUGACUUUCCAAGAGCUUGAAAGUUUGAGCCCUAAGGUUUUUGAGAUAUUGCAGGUUUGUGCGUUUCUUGCUGGCGAGUACAUUAGCGAAAACUUGCUCAAAUUUGGGUUCAAAUUUGGGCAAAAGGACGCCCUAGCUCGGGUUGUGGAAGACGGCAUGGGAGACUUGUUCUCCUUCUCUCUCGCAAAACGCGAGGGCGAUGAUGACGGGUUUUCAAUCCAUACAGUUCUUCAAGCAUGCAUUCGCCAAAGACUAUCUAGAUUACCCGGCCUUCAACGACAAGAAUUUACGGAGACUGCACUCUUGGUUGUUGCCGGUGCUGUGCAGAAAUUGACAUCGGAGCGCCAACAAGAUUGGUUUACUUAUCGGCAAGUGCUGUCACAUAUUACAAGCUGUGAGGAGCAUAUCGACGACACCUUGCUACGCAAGCCAAUUUUUGGCUCCACAAGAGCGCUCUUCAUGCUCGGACAGUUCUGCGAUAAGUUCGGUCGACACGAUCAGGCAAUUCGCUGGUUCCAGAGAGAACUCAACACAGUGCCACACCUAUCCGUGCAAUCAAAAUUAGAAUGCCGUGACGGCGUUUCAACAGCCAAGCUCCUUAAAGGCCAGUAUAAUGAGGUAUUGGCUGAAUUUCAUGCUCUCUAUGCCGAAGCGACUGCUCAACUUGGUGUACAACAUGGAUUAACUAACAAAAUCGCCCAUAGUUUGGGUAUGACUUACAAGAAGACCGGAUCGCUCGAAAACGCUUUGAGGUGGUACAUGACGUCCCUGUCACAAAUAAUGGAGAUAUCCGGCGAAAAAGAUCACAGAGCACUUGCCACUUUGAACAAUAUCGCGGUGAUCUACAAAGAACAGAAAAAGUAUGGAGAGGCGUUCGAAAUAUAUCAGGAUGUACUAAGGAAAAAAGAGGAAGCAUUAGGGGAGGAGGACCUCUCCACGCUUGAAACAGUCAUGAAUAUCGGCAUCUUGUACGGGCGCUGGAAGCGAUACGACGAGGCGCUUCAAUUCCUGCAACGCGCUCUCUGCGGAAAGGAGAAGCAAUUGGGAAAGGAUGAUCCCAAAAUCCUUGCAGUGAAAGGCAAUAUCGCCAACGCAUAUCUCGGAAGCGGUCGGCUCGACGAGGCUAUCAAGCUACAUAAGGAGACGUACCAUGGCUAUAAAAAGGUCUAUGGACCGGAGCAUCCUGAGGUAUUUACCACGGCCAACUGGCUAGGGAAGGACUAUUGCCAAAAGCGGUGCUACGCCAAAUCACUUGAAUGGUAUGAAGAGGCAUUGUCUGGUAGGAAGAGACUACGUGGUGAGCAUGACGCCCAAACAUUGGAGACCGUUUUGGGCUUUGGAGAGACUCAGACAUGGCUUUGGUUCGGAACACUUUGGGACACAAUCGGCGGAACGUCAGCUCAGGGCUCUCCUUCUUCGAUGGCACCGGUUUUCAAGGGAGACGCAAUCCAGAUGACAAGCGAAAAUCAUCCAUCUUAA